CCAAACCCUAGCAAGGGUUUGCAGAGCUUCACGCAGCCGUCUUAAGAUCUCAUCUCUCUGCAACUUCCCUUCCUUCCCCUCACUUUAACCCAAAAAGCAUGGCAGCUCAAAUCAGCAAAAAGCGAAAGUUCGUCGCUGACGGAGUCUUCUUCGCGGAACUCAACGAGGUGUUGACCAGGGAGCUGGCUGAGGAUGGAUACUCUGGAGUCGAGGUCAGAGUUACCCCCAUGCGCACCGAGAUCAUCAUCCGAGCCACCCGCACCCAAAACGUUCUCGGUGAGAAAGGGAGGAGGAUUAGGGAGCUGACUUCAGUGGUUCAGAAGCGAUUCAAGUUCCCAGAAAACAGCGUUGAGCUUUACGCUGAGAAGGUCAACAACAGAGGCCUUUGCGCUAUUGCUCAGGCCGAGUCUCUUCGCUACAAGCUUCUCGGAGGUCUUGCUGUCCGAAGGGCUUGCUAUGGUGUCUUGAGAUUCAUCAUGGAGAGUGGUGCCAAGGGAUGCGAGGUUAUUGUUAGUGGAAAGCUAAGGGCACAGCGAGCCAAGUCUAUGAAAUUCAAGGAUGGGUAUAUGAUUUCUUCUGGUCAUCCAGUCAACGAAUAUAUAGACUCUGCUGUCAGACAUGUUCUUUUGAGACAGGGGGUACUAGGUAUCAAGGUCAAGAUCAUGCUUGACUGGGAUCCCAAGGGUAAGCAAGGCCCUACAACUCCACUACCUGAUCUUGUCACAAUCCACUCUCCCAAGGAGGAUGAAGAGACCUUCAAGGUUAAGCCUGAAACAACAGAUAUUGAGAUUCCGGUGGUGGCUUAAAGCUCAAUGAGUACCGUUUUGAUGAUAGUCAUCUAUUUAAUUUUGGGAGUAUGCAAGUGCCUUAGUUUUUGUAGCCAAAAUUUGGCUUCAAGGACCUCUGCUGGAUGUUUUUGUAUUUUUCUUUGAUGUUUCUCAAAUUUUUUUACACUAAAUUAGUUUUCAUUAAGGAUUUAUUAUUUUUUUAAGUUUAUAAUGUCGUUGUGGUCUCUGCCAGUGUUUGGUGUUUCAUUCCCUGUUCAGGCAGGCCUUUGAAAUCUUCACACGUGAUGAUGAGCUUUGCGAUUUUGCUUCGAA